UGAGUCCACGACGACGUGCCUCCGCGUUUUGCAAAGGCUGGGAGACGAGGGCGAAGCCAUGAGAAGUGUGACUCUGGAUCUGAAAGUGGGAUUGCCUUUAGAUAGACCAUCAGAACAUAGCUCUUCAGUUGUCAAUCUAAGUAUUCAUUUGUUAUACACUUGAAUAGCCCCAAAAGCGAAUGACAGCACUUGCACGGAUUACUUGUUACUUGUUCCGUAUUCAGUGGAUAUCACUUUGACACUGCUCUUGUUAGCAUAAACUCUUUGUGUACUUCAGGAUCUUCGGAUAUUGCAGUGCAUCAUUACACCACCCUCAUAGGCUUUCGGCAGCAGUAAAAGGCUAGAGCAGCUUUGAUUCCGUGAUAGCGGAUGGGAGUGGAUGAAUCGAGGGACGGCACCAGAAAAGACCAGUCGCGAGUCAGCAACACCGUUCUCCCUGCCUUCGGCCUCUCCGAAGAGGAGGAUGACCACGCCGCUCCAAAAGCACAGCGCCGUAGCGACGUGUUUCCUCCAGCCUUCGCUGUCAAGAGUCCGAAGAGGAAGAUGACACUGUUGAUCCCAAAGCCCAGGACAGCCCUGUAGCUUGGCAAUGGGAAGACAGCCGACUGGCACCUCUGGUUGCUUACUACAGAAGUGCAAUGUAGUAUUUUGGCGUCCAAGUAGCGAG